AUGGCCACCAUUUUUCCUGAAGGUCCCAUCACGAUCUACGGAUUGGGUGGUGGAACAACUGUACAUCUGAUCCUUGACGUGUGGCCUUCUUUACAGCUUGAAGGUUGGGAGAUUGAUGAAACAUUAAUUGAUAAAGCAAGAGAAUAUUUUGGGCUAUCCAAUCUUGAGAUGUGUAAUGAAGUUGGUGGUGGGCUUCAAGUUCACAUUGGUGAUGUCUUUUCACCUGAACAGCAUCAUCCUUCAAGCUAUGCUGGCAUUGUCAUUGACUUGUUCUCUGAUGGAAAGGUGUCGCAGUUGCAAGAGGUGACUAAAUGCCCCAAACCAGAGAACAAUAACCUCUAG